CAUCGACGUUUCAAUAUGGUAUGGCUUAUGUAAGCAAGCCACCGUAGAUAACGUGUUUCAUCAGUCAUCCGCGCAUAUCAGUCAUCCGCGCACCCCAAAAACCACCAAAAAAGAGAAAAACAGCCCCCCUGCCAUCUCAACCACAGGGCGUAUUUACAAGCUGUAAACGUAUAUGUAGCUUUCAACACUUGAUUUAUGCUCUCUAGAGAGCUCAUAGAUGCUGUACCUAAAUAUACCUAUAGAUAUCACUUCUUUUCUGCAUUUUGGCCUGUUUUAGCCCCCAAAUUAGGCUGGGAGCUAUGGCAUAUACGCAGAUCGAUCAUGAAAUGCCAUUUGUCCCCAAAACAUCCUCAUCGCCUUCAGGACAAUUGCAAAGGUAGCUUUUGCAAUUGUAAGCUUGGAGAGGCAGCAUAUGAUCUGUGGCGCUGUGGCGGUGCAUCGUGUCGUUGCUGAGGAGAUAGUGCCCGCCGCUCGGACCAAGUUAGAACGCGUCGCGGCGUCGUUUGAGAAUGAGGUCGCUUCUUCCCCCCCCCCACAUCUACAGCUUCUGCAAUGACAGUGCCUUCAUCAGAAGCAUAUGUUGAAGAAUGGCUCUCCACGUUCUCCAAAGAGCUUCGCAAAUAUCGAUCAAUACCUGCGCAACCGCUCACGCCGUCGUCGUUACGCUCGAGUCCUUCAGUUCCCGCCCAAUCAGGCAAGCGAAAACGAAAUCAAAGUGCUUCAGACGUAGGGAUCACGGAAUUGUCGGAAAGGACGAGACUGUCUCGACCGUCGCAAUCCGCCGGAUCAAGUCCGAAGCGUACAACAAGCCCUGUUCGGGACCUGUUGAACGACUUACGCGUGUCGAAACCCUCUAUACUUUGCGAGAUUCCAUCCUCAGUGAUACUUCCUGA